AUGACGCCAGCCCCAAGAAACCCCUUCUCGUCGGGCUUCCCGCACGCCGACGCCCACGCCGCCCAAUCGACGCCAGUCCCGACGUCUCCUGAUGGCAUCUUCCAGAGAUAUCUCUUGCCGCUGAAGAAGAGGGCGACGACUGCGAGCGACGGCAGCAGCGCCGACGAUUCAUUCGUGGUCCCGCCGAAGAAGAGACGGGUGGUGGACACCGGGGGCGAGGGCACCUGCACCAGCGCGAUCCCGGUUCAGAGCCGGCCGAGGCGAACGGCGGCCUGCAACGUUGCGUACGUGAGCAUGGAGGAAGAAGUAGCCGGGACGUCAGCGGCCGGGGCGGCGGGAUCAAAGAAGAACAGGAACAGGAGCAGGAAUAGCAGUAGAAAGAACGGACCGCGGCCGGCGCGUGACGCCGCCCCGCUGGUCAACAGGCCGCUGCACCUCAGCGAGGCGCAGCGGCAGCACCUCGAGACGCUCGGCGCCACGGCCCCGCAGUUCGUCAUCAUGAAGAGCCUCCAGAUGAGCGACGUGGACCGCAACCAGAACCGGCUCCUCUUCUCGUGCAAGCGCGAGUUCCUCGAGGGCCACCCCAUCACCGGCAUCUUAGCCGAGAAGGAGACGCGCCACGUGCACCAUCACCGCGGGCUGAGCGUGGUUGUCCAAGACGACCACAGCAACCAGUUCAAUUUCACGCUCAAGUACCUCGACUCCAACGGCGGGUACCGCUUCAUUGGCACCGGCUGGAACGACUUCGUGUCCAAGAACAAGCUGGUGAAGGACGAUCUCCAUUUUGUCGUCGAGGUGUGGGCGUUCCGGUCGCCGGAGCUGCCCGCGCAGCCCAAGGUUCCCGGCAUCGAGGGGCUGCAGGGCCACCCUGACGGCGCCCUCGGGUUUCUCCUCCGAUUACAUCACGACGAGAGCAGGGACGUCCACCGCGGCGAGGAAGAAAGGGAGUUUGCGCCGCGGCCGGUUCAGAAGAAGAAGAGACAGGCGCCGGCCAAGGCGGUGCGAUCAAAGAAGCUUGCGGGUGGGCAUGUGAGUCAGGGCCAAGCCGUGGCGAGGGACGUGACGAGGGCUGAGAUAGUUGAGGCGGUUGGGGAGGAAAUGGCGGAUGCGUUGUUCGGGCUGUUGAUGCUAAGGUCCAGUGGGCCCGUUCCGAUGCUUCCCUUUGAAAAAACAUCGACUGCUCAGAUUUGCUAG